AUCCUAGGUUGAUGGAUGGACCUGUUGGGGUGAGUGGGGAGACAGGAUGGUGUGUUGUUUUAGCCACAUGGGGUUCCUGUACCCCAGCAGGGCUAAGCUUGGGAACCCUGAUCUGUGCAGUGUCCCCAGGGACAGCUGCACCUCCUCACCUGGACUUCCUGUGGCUGCCGUUGCUUUUGGUACAUGCCUCGUGUCCCUGAUUUCCUCCCAGGCCAGCAGACCCAGCCAGCCCUGCUGCAUGCUGGUCCAACGAAUCAGGAAAGAAAGGGACGUUUGGUCUGAGGACUUUUAAUUUAUCACAGCCAAGCCUGUCUUUUGCCUAACAGGCAGUGUGCCAGCAAGCUGAAGAGAAAAAAAUGUGUGUCCGUUUGGCUGGACCGCUGGGUUGGCGCUCCACUUCAGAAUGGUGAGUGGGCCUCGCCGCCCCUGAGGCACAGAGGUCUCAUGUGGCAUUGUUGGUAGCUACUGAACCAAGCUGUAUCCAGUGCUCACCUUUGGGGCUAGGCCUAGAUAGAUGGCAGGCAACCUUGACCACCACUGGUUUCAGCCAGCCAUGUCAGCUGUGCGUCCUUUAGUGCAAACUGCCUGUAGUGUUGUAGGCACCUUCCUAGUGGAGCUCUUCUCCCUGUAAUGGACAACUGCUGCCCACAGAAGCAAAUGUGUGGACCAUUCAGUGUCGUUAAGCCCACUAAGAACCGGCCUCUGGAAGAAGACAGGUUUCAGGGGUCUGGUCUAACCUUUUCACUGGCCUCAGUGCAAAGCAGGGAAGCAUAAGGCAACUGAGGCCAGGCUCCUCCAUCCCAGGCACAGCUGUCACCACCCCUGCCUUACAGAGAGGAGCAAAUGUUACUGAGAGAAGGCAGUGGUGUAGCUUUGGAGGGACCCUGGGGCCAUGCGGGCAGGUGGCAGGUAGCAUAUCUCCGCCCUGAUCCUGACCAUUGUGGAGGAGCAACUUGUGUUGACAAGAGUAAACAACUUCCCCCAUGCACCUACAUGACAUGAGAGCCAUUCUGCACCGUAAGGGUCUGCAAAUCACUGAGGGAAGACCACAGACGCAGACAGUAUGCGAAGACAAAGAACAUUUAGUCUGCAGAAACAGGCAUUCUUCAAAAUGGCAACCCCAGACAAAGGCAUACAGGCCUUCUUACAGGGAACCAGGGGAACUCUCCAGCAGAUUGGGUAGUCUCUAAUAUGAUUGGUAGGGGCCAAACAGUGACAUUAGUAUAACUUUGAUUGGCUACUACUAUGUUAGUUCUUCUAUAUUUAGAGAGCAGGUUAAGUAAUCAAAAUUUCAUUUCUGAUUGGCUUGUGCCAGGUGGUCUGUAUUCCUAUGUCAUGAACAUCUAACCACAGGCUGAGUUAGGGCCGCCCAGCAGAGCAGGUCCAUCUGGAGAUAAGGUAUUUCCCCAUUCUUGUGGUUAUCCCCAGGCUGUUCUUUGGGUAGGGGGUUCAUUACCUUUUUCCCUGGGAUUUAUAUGGUCAGUUCCUGGAGCUGGUGGCUUAUAGCCUAGUUCCUGAGACUGGUGGCUUUCUUUGUGAAAUCAGGCCUGGUCCUGAAAUGGAGACAGAUGGGGUUUCUGUUGUCCUUUUACCAGUGGCCACAAGCUCCGUCUUCUUUGGAUUCCAGAGCCAUGAACACAGGUGAGCCUCACAGCCUAGCGCAGGAAACGGAGAUUCUGAACAGCUUGCUCAUGGGGCCAGAGCAGGGUUAGGUCCGCAGGUACUCAGUCAGGCCUUUGGGCCACCAGAACAGUGGCGGUUCCAGGCAGGCCGAGUUCAUGCCUCGAGACAGAGGGCUCUGAGCUGGCCUUGCUGGUGUAUUAAAAAAAAAAGCAGAGAAGAAACCUAUACCACCAUUGUAGUCCCCUUUAACUCCAGUGCCAUGUGUAACAAACUUGCUAUUCUCUGCAGAGGCCAUAGACUGAGAACGUGGAGAAUGUGGGCCUUUCUGCCCUCUAAUCCAUUUGUAUUGAUUUCCCUUCCUUUUGUAAGUUCUUGGUCACUUCUUAUAAUGUAACAUGUAGCCAAGCGUUUCUCGCCCUGAGGCUCUGUGCUCCCCACUCUUACCAGUGAUAGUGGACAGCACCUCCCAUCUUCCCUCUUACUGGGGAGACCAGCAAGUCAUUUCCUGAGGCUCUGAGCAGCUCAGAGGGUUGUGGGUGAUGACGUAGUCUCUCUUCCAGCAUCCAACUAAAGACCAGAGCCUCCUCUCAUUCACCACAAAAUCUGGGGUCGGUGGCUAGGCCCCCUUGGGUGGGCUUCCCAGUGCCCCUGAUUUGACCCUGUGUAUAUUUCCCAGUGCAGGUCACCCAUGCCUGUCCGACCUCAAAGAUGCUCCAGAAAACCUGCCUGAGCAGAAUUAGAAAGUGAGCACACGUCUGUGCCUGGCCCCUGGACUGGGUCUCCUGAGGACAGUGACCAUGGACCCACUGAGUUCUAGGUGCGAAAGCUAAAGUGAAGAGGGAAACUUGGGGCCUGCAGGUACUCUCACCAGUGCCACAUAGAUGCAGUUUGCAAUCGCAUGCUGUAGUCCUGAAGUAGAAACCCAACAUAAUUUGCAUAAAUUUGCAUUAAUACCACUGCAAUGCAAGCCUGAGAGAAAUCUAAAGGGCUCUAGACUCUUCGAUGACCUUCUUCUUUGGCAGCACAGUUGUUCAGGUGACAGAUCUUUUGGAUUUCUGUAGACUUAGCAGAAUGACAGUCUGAUGCCCAGUGUAUCACAUGGAGCAAGCAGCUAGGCUUAGACCAAGGAGAGAUGGCAGGGGACAGAAGUGAUCCCUCCAGAUUGUGCACUUGUGUUUCCAGCACUUACCAAGAGCCUCAGUGAUAUUAUGGAAAGUGCUAAGGGGAAGGGACAGAACACACCCGGCCAUUGCCCUGUGAACACUGCUAGGCACCGGGUCUUGCAGGACACCCCACAUAGCCCCAGCACCCACUGCUGGAUGUCAGGCCCUGUGGGACUCCUCCACUUUUACCUUAACUGUUUGAUGUCAGGGCAUCAAAGACAUACCUCCCUUUGCCAACUGCAGAACUUGGGAGAGUGUUCCCCAAUCCCCCACCCCACCUUGCCCAAGAAGAGCAGCAGAGCUGGCUCUGCUUGCUGGAGUUGUGGGUGAGCUGGUCAGAGAGUAUGAGUGUGGGAAAGCUGACCCAGCCUCUUGUCUGCCAGGUGGUGAUGUGAGUGAGGGAGGGAUGCCCUCCCCUACUCCUCACCUCUCCUCACCUAUAGCAAGCAGGAGAGCUGGGCCAGCUUCUAGUCUGCUGCAGCACUUGGGAGAGUGGGACCUGUACCUCGCCUGGAUAUGACAAAAGAGCUGGCUCUGUUGGCAUGGGGCACUGGUGAGGGUGAGCAGGGGAAAUGUGGCUAGUACUAGAGGGUUGCCAGGAGAGCCCUCUGCUGUUAGGAGGACUAAUGGGGUCUUCCAGAAUAGCUGGGGUGCUGGGGGCAUGUGGGGGAACAGGAAGGGUUGUAAGUGUAGGCAUGGAACCACCAGGCUUGACAGACGUGCUUCAUCCCAGAGAGGAUGUUGGAGAAAGAAAAGAUUGUGGAUGGACAAUGGUAGCUCCCUGGUCCCAGUCAGCCAGUGGGAGUCAGGGAUAGAAUCUCAACAAGAGAGGGUCAAGGGGAAGAGGAGAUUGCACGAUUCGCAGAGGUCCCCAAUAGAUCCCCUGCUGGAGUCAUCUGCCUGAGCAUUGUCUCAGCAGGGACCUUCCUCCACAGUCACUAAGAUUCCCGGAUCACUGAGCUGUCUGUGGAGAGGAGCCCCGCUUUCCCCACCUCUGAGAGUCUCUUUCAGAAAUCCCUGGCAGAAAGCUCAACGGUGUUCUAGUUCUCUUAUAUUUUUGGUUGUGAGCCCAGCCUUUAACGGCUGAGCCAUCUCUCCAGCCCGGUGUUCUAGUUCUCUACCCAGAAAUGGAUCAGUUUGUGUCUCCCUCCCCACUGUCCCAGUGCUGAUGCUCACGGGAGGCAAGGCACCAUCAAGGAGGGCCAGUUUCUGGAAGGGUCUCUGCGAAGGCAGCAGGUUUCAAAUAUUUUGACCUCGGCUCCUUCUGAGUGUCCCUUUCACACCCUCAAAGCUCCCUCCCUUUCUAGUCCAACACUGAGUGAUCCUCCAAGCCUGGGCCCCAGAAUCCUGGAGGGGGCCCCAUGGCACACCCUACCCAUGCUGCUGCUCCAGCUCCUCCCACAGGAAACAGCAAAGAUGGAUAGGUUCAACAGCCCCACACUGCCUGACCCCACCAUGGUCCCCACCAUGGAUGGGAGCUGUUCCCACAGCACCAGUGGGUAAGCCAUCUCUCCAAAGCCUGUGCUUGCCAUCCCUGCAGUGGCUGUGGGAGGUCGUAAUGGAGUGGUGAAUGAGAGGCGUCUUUUCUUUUAAGCUCCCAGUAAUAUAAAGGAAUGACUCCCCAGGCAAGCCAAGUGCCAAGUGAUACAUAAUUUUCUGCAGCUCACUGCUGUCUAAGCAGGAUCACAAGGACCCCAUUAAAGACAGCCAGGUCCAAAAGGCCAGAGACACCCAUUCUGUCUCUGCUUAACUGUAAGAGCCAACGUGUUCCAAGUCAAAUGCUUCUCUUUGAAGCCCCUGGAAAUGAAAACCAGCUAUGUCGGAACCUGCUAAAACCAAUAACACUCCACACCCCUUCUCUGUUGUCAAAGUAGCAUCAGGGAAGAGAGGCUUCCUGUCAAAGCCAAACGGAAGGCCAAGGGAACAGCCCAGAGUCCCAGGACUCCACCUUGAGAGUGAUGUUUUCCCAAUAGGUCUACUAAUUCAAAACACUCUCCAUUGUUUGGUUAGUUGAUGUAUCCUGCUGCUCUGUCCCUGGAGAAUCAGAUUCUCUUCAGCUAACUUAUAAAGGAGGCACCUCCCUUCUGUGGGAAGGAGUGAGGGACUCUGGGCUACAGUUGAUGUAACAACCCCCAUCCUCACAGAGAGGACCCCACCCAGAUGUUUUCUGCCUUUGCCAUUUGUCUACACUGUCCUCCCAGAUCCGGAAUGGUUCAUUCAAAUCCCCGAGACCCAUAAACUUACAGAGCAAGUUCUAGGAACCUGAAGAAAAGACUCAGGGAUCAACUGUUUCCCAGAACCAUCUCUGAACCACCACAAUGAGCUAUCCCACGACACCCAUGAACUGUGUUCACGGGACCUGCCUCCCAUACAGGAAGAACCAGUCUAGGUCUUCUCAUCUUUCUCCCAACUCUAUGUCCAUUAGCAUCUUGAACUUCCCUAUGCACUCAACUCAUCUUGUCAUAGGUUUUGUCAUCCUCCUUGGUGACAUGUCCCCAGGGCAGCCCAGAGCUGCUGCCUUCUCCCUCCACCCAGUCUUUUUCACUAUCAAAUUUGAUUCCUAAUAAUUUAAAGGUGGCAAGGAUUCAGGUCUCCUAUGCUGAUAGUCCAGGCUUACAUUCUGAAGCUGUCCCUGCAGAUCAGGACAGUAACCAUGCUUCUUUACUAAGGUCCAUGAAGAGAAAAGGAAAGGACAGAGAGAGUCACCAGAAAUCCAGCCACAGCUGGGUGGAAUUGGAAAGUAAACAGCUCCAGAAUGAGGCAAACCAUAUUCUGCUGUGGGGAAGAGGUGGAAAGCUGAGAGAGGCACUCCAUAAGGGGUUGUGGCAGAUUCGUAAGAGCCUUGGGGGUAGCUCCAGUGAUGCAAUCAUGGUAUUAGCGAUUGUGGUUCGUGUUGUAAGAUUCUUCCUUGUAUAUGCAGCCUGCUGGCUUCACUGAUGCUGUUCUCCAUUAGACCUCGUUCUUCUCCACUAGACCUUGUUCUCCCUUCGACCUCAAGCUCUGCACCCUUCCAGUAGAGGCACGUGAUUUUCCCUGGUGUUGGCUGGAUGAUCCUUCUUUCUGCAAGACUUCUGGAAAGGUGAGAAUGUAUCACACUUGCCCUGGAGGGAUGGCUCAUUGGUUAAGAGUACUGGCUCCUCUUCCAGAGGACCUAGAUUUGGAACACCAGCAUGGUGGCCUGCAAUAGAAGUAUUGUGAGUUGGUGCUGAGACGACAGCAAAUCACAGGAGGAGGUGACAAUGCAGCAGGAUCCUAAGCCUAGCUCCUCUGAGCAAGAGGUCCUCAUCGGUCCUUACAGGAUCCUCAAGACCCUUGGCACAGGCAACUUUGCUCAGGUCAAACUGGCUGUGCACCUCCACACAAAGAUGCAGGUUGCUCUGAAGACCCUGGAAAAGGACAAAAAGAACGCUACUCUGAUUUCCACAGAGCUAGAAAUAAUGAAAUUAGUAGACCACCCUAAUAUAACCAAAUUGUUCCAUGUCAUGGAAACCAGUGAGCAUGUCUGCAUGGUUAUGGAAUACGCUCCUGGUGGUGAUCUGGCUGGUCGCAUCAUAGAGGUGAGCUACAUUCAGGAAGAGGAGGCCCGACACAUCUUCACACAGAUAGUUUGUGCAGUUAAUUACUGCCACAAGAAUGGCAUUGCACACAGGGACAUCAAGCCAGAAAACAUUCUGAUGGAUGCUAGAAGAAACAUCAAACUGUGUGACUUUGGCCUGGCCAUCAAGGUUAACACUGAGCAGAAGUCAACAGUGUUCUGUGGCACCCUUCCAUACUGUGCACCAGAACUUUUCAGCAUCCAAAGCUAUGAUCCCAGGGCCCUUGAUAUCUGGAGCAUGGGGGUGGUACUAUACAUCAUGGUGACGAAGCAUUACCCGUUCAAAGCAACGACAUAUGACAAGAUGAGGGAGGAGAUGCGGGACCCACACUACUAUAUCCCGCCAAAGCUCCCAGCACACAUUGCCAACCUCAUCAUGCAGUUGUUCACUAUUGAUCCUUUGCAGAGGCCCAAGAUAGGUGACGUUGCGAAACAUCAGUGGCUGCAGGGCAGCGAGGAGCUUUCAAAAAUCACCCUACCCCAAGAGACACUCAGCAGCAAGCCCAGCCCCAGUAUUAUGGCAAUUAUGGGGGCCAUGGGCUACAACCCCAAGGACAUUACAGACUCUUUAUAUAAAAAAAAAUUUAAUAGCAUCAUGGCAACUUACUUAAUUUUAAAACACCAGUCACCCUACAGGGACAGCGCUAACCGCAAGUUUAAACUCAUUCAGCCUCGUAGUGCCACGAUACCCACAGAUCCUCCCACUGUCCAUGUCUUCCUAAAGAACAUCGGGACUGAGCCUGACAAUUCCACCUCUGCUCCAACAGCAAAAGACAAGCCCUACAACAACGCCAAGCUUGUAAGAAAGGACAGCAAGAAUCCCAGGAUAACUGAUGCUAUGGGCCGCCAGAAGACUCGUGUCCCUCCUGAAACAGCUGCCCAGUGUGGGCCUGUGCAGCGUCACCAGGAGCCUCUCUUGAAAAGCAGCUUGCUGAAGAGAAACGUGGCUUCCAGUGCUGUAUCCUCUUUUCCUGUGCAGUAUGACCGUGAUCAGUUCUUGAACAGUAGCUUGCAGAAGAGAGGGGUGGUUUCUAAGGCCGUGUCCUGUGGUCCUGUGCAGUAUGUGCAGAGGAGAAACAUGAUGUCCAAGGCUGUGUCCUGUGGUCCUGUGGAGUAUGAAGAUGAGCAUCCCCCGAGCCACAGCUCACAGAAAAGAGGGGUGGUUUCUAAGGCCGUGUCCUGUGGUCCUGUCGAGUAUGAAGAUGAGCAUCCCCUGAGCCACAGCUUGCAGAAGAGAGGGGUGGUUUCUAAGGCUGUGUCCUGUGGUUCCAUGCAGCAUGACCUCGAGCAGCUCCCGAGCUUUCAAAAAACAAAUAUGGUUUCCAAGGCUGUGUCCUGUGGUCCUGUGCAGCUCUCCAACAGCACCUUGCAGAAGGGAGGCCUGGUUUCCAAGGCCGUGUCCUGUGGUUCCAUGCAGCAUGACCUCGAGCAGCUCCCGAGCUUUCAAAAAACAAAUAUGGUUUCCAAGGCUGUGUCCUGUGGUCCUGUGCAGCUCUCCAACAGCACCUUGCAGAUGGGAGGCCUGGUUUCCAAGGCCGUGUCCUGUGGUUCCAUGCAGCAUGACCUCGAGCAGCUCCCAAGCUUUCAAAAAACAAAUAUGGUUUCCAAGGCCGUGUCCUGUGGUCCUGUGCAGCUCUCCAACAGCACCUUGCAGAAUGGAGGCCUGGUUUCUAAGGCCGUGUCCUGUGAGUCCAUGCAGCAUGACCAUGAGCACCUCCUAAGCGGCUCCAUGGAAAAGAGAAACACAGUGGCUUCCAGGGGUACGUCUCCAGACACAGCUCCCUCCAUGGACGUUCUUUCUGAGUACCACAUUUUCCAGAUGGAUCCCCAGGGUGAAUCCCUGACUAAGUGCAGCUCAUACAUCCACAGUAUAGCCUCUGUAUGGAGCUCUGAGGAGAAGCCUCAGGAUAUGGCCACCACAGACUGUCAUCACAAGGACAGAAGCUUGUCCUUGCAGGAAACAUCUGAACCAAGCUUUGCUGCUGCCCAGACCCAGUGUGUAACCACAGCCUCUCCUCAGAACUCAUCAGGCAGAUGGAAGCGGGCAAAGAGAAGGAUGGUGAAGUGUUUAAGGAGAUUAUGCUGCUGUCUGCCAGACCAAAGGAGAAGCUGCACUUCCCAGAGGAGAGUGCUUCCACAGGAGGUGGGAGAAAGUGGAGUCACACAAAACCAGGCUCUUUUGCAGUAGAUUUUGGGAGCCCCUCCAGCCAGUGCAUGGUGUCCGUGUACUUUUGACCAGCUUCAGGCAGGAUCUCUGUGAGUGCUUUAGUCUCUGGUGACUGCAGGUAUCUGGAGACCAGCAGGUAGGUUACCAGGGUAACCCUCUUGGUUCAUUUUUAUAGAGGUGCGUUUUGGGAGAUAAGAGAGCAUGAUGGAGUAGGAAUUUGGUUCAACUUCACCCCAGCCAUGCCUGGGAGAGCAGAGUUCAGGGGAACUGCACUGGCCUAAGAUAAACCAGGACAACUGUCCUAAAGACCUAUGAGAGGGAACUUUGCAAGAACAUCUGGGAGAGCCAUGUGGGAGAACAUUUUGAAUCACCAAUACCCCAGUUACUUUGUAAACCCAGUGCCUCAUUCCUGAGUGUAUGGUGUACGGGGCCUUUGGAAAGGUGACAGGAAAGGAGAGUAAUUAGCCAGGUCAUCUAAGACCAAGGGCAGCAUAGCCCCAGGCUGUAUGGAGCUAGUUAGCUUGCAUAGCAAAUGCCUCAUUCUGGAAGAAGAGGCCUGCAUGCGAUUGAUUUGGCCUCUGCAUGGACACCGACAGGCUCUUCAACAAGACAUUGAAUGUCUCAUUGGGGUGCAGGAGCAGACACAGGAAGGCUCUCCUCAUCCCCAACUGUGGAUUCUCUCCAUUCCCUCUGUGCUCUCAAACUGUGAAACCGAGCCAUGAAGCUCAGUCUGAGGUGAGAUGGAGGCCAUGACCAGCUUCCAGCUCUGGAGAACUGCUAAGGGCAGGCAUGUGAAGCAAGGUCCUGGGGUGGGCUGGUCCAGUUCCAAAGAGGUUGCUGAUCUCAGGACAGAACCAUAGUUCUGAGGACAUCUGAAUUCUCUUGGGAUCUGCAGGAAUCCAGUUCAGUUGAGGUGUUCCAGAAAGCGUCUCUCCUUCAGGUUCUUCCUGCCUCUGCCCAGGACGCCAUAGAAGAUUCGCCUGACAAGCUGGCCAGGGAUAUGACUGGUGUGUAGUACAUCGGAGAUCUUGGACCAGAUGCAGAGACCCUGAAGCUGAGACUGGAGGUUGUGAUGAAGGCAAGUCUCAUGGCCAGCCCAGUGAGGAGGGCAUUCUUCAAAGUGACUACAAAGUCUUCCUGUCCUUGAGCUGUGGCGCACUGGAGGAGGUGAAACCUGCAUGCCACGUUCUCACACGUAAACAACUGGUCCUGGAGAAAAGGAACAAACUUGUAUGACAUCACCUCUGAGGUAGAACUCAUUAAAUCAUUGGAAGAUCAUCAAACUCUUAUACACGGUUGAUACACCAUUAACCACUUACAUGAUAAUUGGGUGUGUGGUGAGGAGAAGAACUGGAGAGGUGCCCAAUGGAGGAUGGAGCAUUAUGGCUUUUCCAGCAGGCUACGUCAGUUGUUCACUUCCUCCUCCGGAGGCACAGGCUACCAGAAUAUCCAAUUGGAAAACAUCUAGUGGAUGCAGCAGGAAAUUCAAAGCUUUGUGACUUUGGUAUGGCAACUAAACUCACAAAGGGACAGGUGAUGGGGAAGCUCUGUGGCUCCCUGAUCUACCUGACCCCAGAUACCUUGACAGGUAGACUGUGUAAUGGCCUUACAGUUGACACAGAAUUUGGAUAUCCUUCUCAGUGUCAUGUUCACAGAUCUCUUUCCAUACUUAGAAACAAUUCUUUCAGGCAUGCACCCGCUCAUCACCACCACAAUGUGUCAUCUUUCUUGUUACUUGUCCAAAACCCACCAGGUUAUUAUUGCAAGCUUGGUCCUGGUCCUCCCUUCCCCGUGAUAGUGGGUCAUCUAGUGGAACACACAUGGCUGUACCACAUCCAAGAACAUGCACCACUUGUCUCUAAAGAAAUAAUAUUGAUGACCAUGAAGAACAUGUGUAUGAUUAGACACGGGUAAACUAUGUAAAACACAGGUUACAAAAUGAAAGUCACAGCUAAAUUCAAUGUUUUGAAACAUCAGUUGGGCUGUGGGGAUAGCUGUCUCCCAACUGUAAGGCCCCAUUUAAAUCCCAGUGCUGCAGGGUUUCUUGCCUAACACCCAGUGCUGCCCAGAGAAGAUGCGCUGUCUAGGUACCACAGACACGGAAAGCAAAACUGUGAAUGUUUGGAGGACAUUGAAGUUGGUGUGACUCUGGGUGACACUCCACUUGAUGAGGAGGCCCCAACAGAGUCAGCCUAGGACGCAACAACCACAGGGCUAAAUGAAGAGAACAAGAGCUUGUGCCCUGUGGAGCCCCCAACAGAGUCAGCCUAGGACGCAACAACCACAGGGCUAAAUGAAGAGAACAAGAGCUUGUGCCCUGUGGAGCCCCCAACAGGGUGAGUCUCACCCAGUGUCCCAGCCCCAGGUUGAACCUAUAGACUCUGGCUCCAAGAUGGCUCUGGCUGGAAGGGACCAAGGAGGUGAAUUACUUGAGUAUUUAGAACACUUUGCUGCUGCCUGCCCACCCAAAGUGGUGAAAUAGACAAGGCCUGGUGCAGAUGGACAGCCACUGAAGAGAGCCAGGCCAGAAUGUGAAUGUCAGGGUGCUGUUUGCCCACACACCCAGGGCACAGGCUCCACAGCCAUCCUUCAUCAGGUCUUUGCUGCCAACUCCCUGCUUGCUCAGCCCAGCACUGCAGGCUGCACCAAUAGGUGGUCUCACGUGACAUCUACCUGAUGAAGGCCUACCUCUCCAGCUCCUGUGGAACAGAUACCCCUGGAAGCCAGACUGUCUGGCAUACAGCCUCCUUCCUUCCAGCCUCUGUGGUGAUGUCCCUUCCUAUCCCACAGAAACAAUCCCUCAACACUUACUUGACUGCACUUGAGAUCGCUUUGGUUCCUGCAACAGGGGAAAUCACACAGCUCUGAAGACAUUUUCUAUGAUGGCUCAUUGGUGCUCAUCUUGUGGCCAUCCAAAGAGAAAAGCAGGGACGAAGCCCAGCCCGUGGCAGCAAGUUUCACGAUGGAACCCACAUUGUUAGGUCACACACAGAGGUGUGCAUGUGGCACUAACUAACCUGAACAUUGUCCACACAUGGCUUUGGUUUUCUACUGAAGAGCAGAGUACGCUGCUUGGCCAGACCUUGCUACCUGUAGCUAAAAUUGCCUCUACCUAGCAGCAGCAGCAGCAGCAGCAGCAGCAGCAGCAGCAGCAGCAGCAGCAGCAGCAGCAGCAGCACACUCCCCACCCCCCGUCCAUGGAGCAGUGGUGGACAGGGAGAGGAGAGGUGGGCAUCAUUGGUCCUCUUGCUGAGGAACUUGACAUGUGGUUUCCUGGGGCUCUUUCCUCAGAGCCUCAGGGCUUAGAGUGAAGCCAGGGACAUGCUGUGGAUAGUGACAAUGGUAAUACCAGUUCCCAAUGGGGCUGGGACCCUUUUUACCGUGUUAUCCUUGGUGCAGGAAGUGUGUCGCCUUGGGAAACAUCAAGUGGGUGCUGAAUGUUGCAAACCCAUCCUUGGACUCUGCAGUUUACCAGAAGAGAAAUGUCAGCCUUCUCUCAUCCAUUGCAGAUGUUCCAGAAAGCCUCUGUGAAGAAGUUCAGACUUGUCCCUUUGUGACUAACACAGGAUGAUGUGAGCAGCCUCUCGAGUUUGGUUUUCUUCCCUGAAGAUCCUUUCUUGUGUGGUACUGCUCUUGUAGAGAACCUGAAUUUGGUUCUCAAAGCCCAAAUAGUGAGUUUAAUGUUGCUGUUACCUAACAGUGCUAGACAGUGGGAUUGUGCCUCACUCAGGUUCAAACAGGUAGGGUGGUCACUGUUAGUCACCCAGCCCAUGACUCCCAGACUCAGUAUUCCAAACUGAGACACUUAUUUCACAUUGGUAGGGAGUGCUGUGUCUCUGAGCUGCUUGGGUUGAGAAAGACUUUUAAGCCCCGAAAGCGUCUCACAGCCUGACUGACCCCUUAGCCUAGACGUGGGAUGGAAGGAAUCGGGCUGAGUGCCACAGAAGCAGAGAAAUGGAACAAUAAAAUUUGUCCAUCCCUCCUCACUAGAAAGGCUGAGGCAAUAUGAAGUGACUCACCCCUUGUAGGACUAGCUCAUGGGAGCCAUUAGGAAGAGCAUCCCAGUCAGCCAGACCCCUUCUCUUCAGUACCUCCAGGCCAACAAGUCCCAGAUGCCUUGGGGCCUCUGCUUACCCACUCCCUUUCAGUCUUCAAUUCCACACUUCUCACCUCAGCACAAGUCAAGAGAAAACUUUCCCUGCCAGUUUCCCUGAUCCCCCAGGCUGUUCACUGUGCCCAGGCUCUCAUGAGUCCUGUGAACUCCACAGAGGCCAUCCUCUGCCACCAGCCUCUCCUGCUUCUUAUAAUUGCACCAGGAGAUUGACCAGUCAGGGUGUGAACAGUCUGCUCUCUGUGGCCCGUGUUAGGCUCACGAGAAAUCUAAUGAGAGUUUCACCAUCCAAACAUGCCCCUCUUGUCACAGGGUGACGGCUCCAUAGUCAGCAUUCUUGUAAGAAAAGCAGGAGGACCUACCUGAGUUAGACCCCCAGCAACCACAGAAAAGCCUGGCAGGGCAGUGUGUGCCUCUCGUCCCACCUCUGGGAGAUGGAAGCCGACAGACCUUGGAACUCCCUGUGCAGAAGAUGGAGACUCAUUGCCAGGCUCUAGCGUCAAGUAGAGACUGUCUCAAAAGUAAGACGUGUCUGCUGAAGAGUAGAUGAUUGGCUUCAGGCUGUAAAGAGUGUACCCUGUAUCUCACAUCCUCCUCCAGAAUGCAGAAUUCCCUCCAGAACCUCCAGAAGGGAGCAGUAUCAUGACCUGAUAGGGACAGGCAGAAGGAUUCUGGAAUCGAGGUCAAAAUUUACAAAGAGCAAGAAAGGUUCUGCAGUCUCCGGGAAAGAAGGCAGACAAGCUCAGUCAUCGUGGAGAUGUUGGUACCCAUUUUCUGCUGAGUGGAUAUGUCAACAAACACCAUGCCAGCAAGUAGAAUCGUCUGAAAAGUAAAUUCACAUAGAAAGAAAAAGGAGAUAGCCCAUUUGCAGACAAAAAUGAGCUGGAAGGUGGCUCCACAUUGGGUAGAUUGUCUACUGUACUGAGCUCCAGUCAUGAACACACAAUAGUCUAGUCAGCCACAGCCCACACAAGCCCAGACACAAAAAAUUAGUCAUCACAAUUUUUUUCUCAUGGUUUUGUUUCAGGUAUCUUUAGGAAAUUUAUACCACAGAAGUUAGCAAUAUAUUUGAGAGGGAACUACCUCAUGUAUUUUUUUCAAUUAUUGUUUUUGUUUCAUCACACACAACUGAAACCCUUGAAUAAAAGGUUCAUAAAUAA